CCUGCUUCCCGAGGCCCCGGUGCACAGAAGAAAACGGGCCAGAAGUAGAAGAAGAAGAAGUCAACAUCUGCUGAGCCAUAACAAGAUUAAGGUUAUGAAACAAUGGAUGACUGACAAAUAAGAAAUAUUGACUUUAGCUACUAUUCCCAGGAGCGCAGCGUCACUUCACUAUUUGACUUCGUUUUCCUCACACAUUUUUGGCUCGAGAUCUUUUCUGCCUGCUUCUUGGCAAACGGAAACAAUUUUAUGUUUGGAUUUUUCCCCGAAAACUUCAAAUUUUGAGAAGGAUUUUAUAUUUAUUUUGAUUUUUUUUCCCCCCAAAAAAACUCCGGUCAUAGACAAGAAUUCUCCUCCAGAGGUUUGAGUUGGGGAUGUUGAGCUCUGUGAAGAUGGAAACCCAUGAUCUACCAGAGUGGAAUACUUUCUACAGCGAGGCCAGUGAGAUGUAUUCCUCUCCCAGCACUAUGAACUCUGGUCUGGGCUCCAUGGGCUCCAUGGGCACCAUCAACAGCUACAUCAACCUGAACCCAGCCACCGCCUCCCCUGCAGGUAUGAACAUGGCGUACCCCAGCUCCAGCCUCAGCAGUUCCCCACUCGCCUCCAUGGGCUCCGGGCCCGGCCACAUGUCCCUCUCCCCGGUGGCCUCGUCCCUCAGCUCGAGCUCUCUCACUCAGCUGGGCCCCGCUGCUCCCAGCGCCCUCGGCUCCUUGUCCCACUACCAGAACAUGGGCCAGUCCAUGAGCCAACUGGGAUACCCCUCCACUGCGACCCUGAGCCGGGCUGGGCCCAAGGAGAUCCCCCCUAAGCCCUACCGACGCUCCCUGACCCACGCCAAGCCACCGUACUCAUACAUCUCCCUCAUCACCAUGGCGAUCCAGCAGAGCGGCAGCAAGAUGCUCACCCUGAACGAGAUCUACCAGUGGAUCAUGGACCUGUUCCCCUACUACCGUGAGAACCAGCAGCGCUGGCAAAACUCCAUCCGCCACUCGCUCUCCUUCAACGACUGCUUUGUGAAGGUGGCUCGCUCACCAGACAAGCCCGGUAAAGGUUCUUACUGGACUCUGCACCCACAGUCAGGCAACAUGUUUGAGAACGGCUGCUACCUGCGGCGCCAGAAACGCUUCAAGAUCGAGGACAAGAUGGCAAAGAAAGGAGGCAAGAGCCAGGAGGUGGGCUCAGGGAAAGGAGGCCACAGUGAUCACCUGGUGGAGGAUCGCAGCCCCACGGGAGGAUCAGAGGGAGCCGACUCCGCCCACUCAGACAACUCCCACCCGGGCUCUUCGGAUGACCAGCCGCUUCCUCGAAACUCCCUGGUUCCACUAGACUGCCCUCAGCUGUCCUCCUCACACCUCCACAGCCCGCCCGUCUCCCUGCCUCCCCCCUCCUCCACCUCAUCCUCCAUCCCUCCAUCCUCCUUGUCCCUCUCCGCCACCUCCUCCUCCAACCAGCUCCUCCACUCCCAGUCUUUAGUGGGUAGCACCCACCUCCUGCCCGGCGCCAUGCAGCAGCACAUGGACCUACAGAGCGACGCCCUCAAGUCCCUGGACCCCCACUACAACUUCAACCACCCCUUCUCCAUCACCAACCUCAUGUCCAACGAGCAGAAGAUGGACCUCAAGUCCUACCAGGACCAGGUGAUGGCCUACAACAGCUACGCCAGUGGCUCUCCUGUGGGAGCCAAGCAGAUCUACGACAGCCCCGGGCCGGCCGCCAUGGACUCAGGUGCUUAUUACCAAACUCUGUACAGCCGCUCGGUGCUCAACGCCUCUUAAUAUGGACACCCACCCACACACACACACACACAAACACACACACCUGCCUGUAAAGGUGAGCCAAAAUGGAGACUUCUCUUCCUCUCUGCCUUUACUAAAAUGGACACCCAAGGUCUCUUUAUCUUCGUCUUUCUUCCUCUCUCUCCCUCUCUGGCUCACAUCCAGCGGCCUUGGAAGAGACUCACAUCUAAAAUGGCCGCCAUGUUUGAGGGACCAAAGGACAGUUUUUCUUUCCUUUUACCAGCUCUGAUGAGCAUGGAGGCUGGGUUGGUUACAUGGAGGACAGAAAAGUGAAGCUGGAUGAUUAACUGAUGAUGAAGACGUUUGACUCGUCUGUGUGUGUGAGUCAGUGCAGAUGUCAGAUCCCGUCUUUGCCGGCAAAAUUGGCUUUGUACAAAAUGUAAAUAGAGCUAAUGUUGGGGGGGAAAGGAUAUUUGCAUUUAUUUAUGAAGGGAAUAAAUUUUAAUAUAUCUUGUAUAGCGCUCUGUCGACCAGUUACAACCCAAAUGUGAGGUUUUUUUUUUUUUUUUUUAAACCAAAGACGGAGAGUUUCAGGUUACUGCUUCAGGCAGGUGUUACUGCAGCGGGAGACAGUUUAGUACAUUUCUUCUUUAUUGCGUGUGUUACAGCAUUUCAACAUUACGUUCCGUCAUUUCUGUCAGAUCAGGCAUCCGUCAAUGUAAAUGUAGCUCAUGAGGUCUGUAAAAAAAUAUAUUUGUAGUUUUGUUUGAUAUGAAGUUUAAAAAAAAAAAAAAAGAAGGCAUUUGGUCCUCGCUGCAGCACAGAGGACACAGACAUUAAGAAAAAUCUUCUGAGGCCAGAAAGAAAGAGACAAAGUAA